UCAGACUAAUGGCCGGGGGUCCUUCCUUGACCUGGACGCACUGUGAUGACGUUGUGAACCGUGUGUACCGUACAUAUCGAAGUUUCCUGCGCCCAGUUAGGUGGGCGCUCGCGGCGCGCAAGCGCCUCGCCCCCUUCAUUGUUCUAGGCCCCGAGACCGCAGAAGCUGGGGAGCGCGCACGAUUCAGCUGUUCUGCAGCCAAGAACACGCYGUCUCCACCGUCAAGUUCCAAGAUACCCCGCCUGGUAGAGGGAGUGGCGUCAGCAAUGCUUCCGCCGCGGGGUGACGUGACUGCUUUAUUCCUCGGGCCUCCGGGCUCRGGAAAGUCCUCGCUAAUUGCAGCGCUUUGCGACAAGAAUGUGGAGACGGUAGAGAUCCCCGAAGGACGGCCGGACUCUGGGAUCCCUAGUUUGAGAGCUGCGGGCCCAGGUCUUUUCCUGGGUGAACUGAGCUGCCCACCCGCGGUGCCGGGGCCCUGGGCGGCGGAGGCCAAUGUGCUGGUAUUGGUGCUACCCGGGCACGAGGGGAACGGGGAGCUCUUGGACCCAGCAUUGGCAGAGGCAGCGCGGGCCGCCCUAGCCCGAGGGACCCCGCUGCUUGCUGUGCGGAACCUCCGCCAUGGGGACUCGCAGAAUGAUGCCCGGGCUCAGACAGCAGCCUUGCUGAACAGCGCCGGGUUAGGAGCGGCCACUCUCUUUGUGCUGCCGGCAGAGUGCUGCAGCAGCGAUUGCUGGGAGGAGCUAGAACGCCUGCGGGUGGCACUGCGGAGCCAGGCGGAGGCGCUGCAGAGGCUCCUGCCACCGGCYCAGGAUGGUUUUGAGGUGCUGGGCGCAGCUGAGCUGGAGGCUGUGCGGGAGGCCUUUGAGACCGGUGGCCUUGAGGCAGCUUUGUCUUGGGUGCGCUCAGGCCUGGAGCGCCUGGGCAGCGCAAGACUGGACCUGGCAGUGACUGGCACAACUGACAUAGGCCUUGUKCUGAACAUGCUACUUGGGUUGGAUCCCAAGGACCCUGGUGCAGUGCCUGCUUCUGUACCCACAGUGCCCACCCCCUUCCCAGCACCAGAGCGCCCAAAUGUAGUGCUCUGGACUGUGCCUCUGGGUCCCAUGGGCACUUCCCCUGCUGCUGCCCCUCACCCCACCCACUAUGAUGCCCUCAUCCUCGUCACUCUCGGGGCCCCCACUGAGAAGGACUGGGCCCAGGUCCGCUCCUUGGUGGUACCAGAUGGGCCCCUCGUCUGCGUGCGAACAGAUGGUGAGGGCGAGGAUCCAGAGUCUCUGGAAGAGGAAAAAAUAAAGCCCAGGGAUGCAGACUUACAGAAGAAAGGCGAAGGGGGAUUGGAGAAUGCACCCAGCGACCCAAAGGAAAAACCUGGCACUGGAUCUCAGAAAGCAGGUGGGGAAGAUUCAGAGAAGGCUGGCAGCGAAGGUGUCGGCGCCAAGAAACCAGGCAGUGGGGACUCGGGGGGCACUGGUGCUUUGAGUCCGGAGGACGAGACGUGGGAAGUGCUGGAGGAGGCUCCCCCACCAGUGUUUCCCCUGCGGCCUGGUGGACUCCCCGCGCUGUGCGAAUGGCUGCAGCGCGGGCUUCCGCCAGCCCAGGCUGGGGCGCUGCUGCUGGCGCUGCCCCCCACCUCUCCAGGCGCUGCCCGCAGAAAGGCUGCAGCRCUGCGUGCUGGGGCGUGGAGGCCGGCUCUGUUGGCUAGUUUGGCGGCGGCWGCAGCCCCUGUACCAGGGCUAGGCUGGGCGUGCGACGUGGCGCUUCUCCGGGGACAGCUGGCCGAGUGGCGGCGGGCUCUGGGGCUUGAACCUGGGGCCCUGGCACGACGUGAGCGUGCCCUGGGCCUGGCUCCUGGGGAGCUGGCCGCCCGUACUCACUUCCCAGGCCCAGUGACACGUGCAGAGGUGGAAGCAAGACUGGGUGCCUGGGCCGGUGAGGGCACUGCUGGUGGCGCAGCGCUGGGUGCACUGUCCUUCCUGUGGCCUGCAGGUGGCGCAGCUGCGACUGGUGGUCUGGGCUACCGCGCGGCCCAUGGUGUCCUGCUGCAGGCACUAGAAGAGAUGCAGGCAGAUGCGGAGGCCGUGCUGGCGCCCCCUGAGCCCACYCAGUGAGGGAUGGGAUGGGAGCCAGGGCUUCUGGGGCUGCGAAACCCAAGCUCCGUUAGAUGGGGGGGGAGGGGGUCGAAGUCUGCCCCUUUAAGAUAAGGGGUGGGGGUGUCUAGUACUCGGAAUUCUGGGGGUUUGAGGAUGCAGGUUCUGAUUUCUAGUCAUCUGGAUUUGUGUAGGGGAGUAGAGUCUAGGGGACAGGACUCCUGACUUCUCUGUAGACCAGGGAGUAGGCCAUCCAUACCCUUGUCCUGAAGGGAUUUGGGGACCUGGAGUCCUAGAAGCAGGGUGCAUCUUGGUCUCCAACUGGAGUUUGGGGCCUCACCAGGGWAGUAAGGCUAGAAUGCCUUGAUUCCUAACGGGGGGAUCUUGGGCUCCAUAUAGGGGAAGUAGGUCUGGGUUUUCCAGGAGCCAGAACCCUCGAAUCUGGCCUUCAAAGGGAAACAAGAUCUGCUUCCUUGAAGGAAAAGGCCUAUACACAGCCUCCCAGGAUGCMGAGGGACUUUGAAUCUUCUGUGGGGUGGGAUUUGUGUGUCUGAGGUCUCAGGUUCCUGAUUUGCAGGRGCUGUGGGCCUUAGUUGCUAAUUCUUGGAUGAUUGAAGGGCUAAAUAUGGAAAAGGGAACAGGGAGCCUACAGGAGACAGUGCAAGACUCCAUGGUCUUUUGGAAGUGAAUGGGUGUCUUGUAUUUGCUCUCCAAGGGUCUAGUGUAGGAAGAAUGAUCCCAGAAAAGUAGCAGGUGGGCAAGAGGUAUGUGCAUGGUGGGCUCUGGGGUAGCCUGAGGUCUAGGUGUGGCAGAGCAGGAACCUCUACUUYAGACAUACCUCUCACCUCUCCCUAAUAUACUUGGAUCCUGGCAGCUGCUCCCAGGAAUUUGGGAAGGGGUACRCCUACCCAUUGUCUAGGUGCUUGGUGAUUCAGGGUGUUCCAGGUAGGUGAUUCAGGGUAGGUGUACCUCUGUCUUUCCUUUACGGUUCUAUUACCUUUUUUGUUCAUUUGGUUUCRGUCUUGCUUUCUUCUGUCAUAAUAGCCUUAACCCUUUUUUGCUUUGGCGUUUUGUGCACCUGGUUUUUAGAGAAGCAGCUGUACUGCUGCACUAGUCCAAACAUUUUUGUGUGGCCUUCUCGGAUAUUCCUAAGAGACUCUGCCUUCUGGUGUACACAGAGGGUGCUGCAGCCAGUAGCAUUGCCACCGAACGGAUGUGCAGGUAGGUAGUCCAGAUGGUGAGAAUAUGUCGGGGGUGAGGCAAAGGCAGAAACUGCAGUGCCUGCGUAUUUUAAGCUGCUAACUAUGUGUAGGCAGGAAACCUGAAAUUAUAAAGUGUCAAAAAASAAAGGGAGGAUCUAACAGAUGGGAAGAGCAAGUCCAGAGGGCAGGCUAGAGGCCCAAUAGCCAUAAGACGGCUUUGUGUGGUCUGGCUCCUGCCUCUUCUCAUUCUUUGCCCUAUUCCAUUCCCAAUGAGCCUGAUAAGUUCUUCUGAUAGAGUAGAAUCUUGAGUCCUGCCUCAGGACCUUUGCACUUGUUAUUUCCCCCUGUAAUACACUGUUUCCAUAUCUUCCCAUGAUUGGCUCCUUGUCCAUCAGGUCUCUACUCAGAUGUCCCCUCAGAAAGGCCUUCCUGACCACCCUAACUGAUGUAUCUUGCACAUCUUCACUACUGGUUCUGGCCAGUUGAUUUACCUUGUAGCAAAUAUCACUAUAAAAAUKACCUUAUUUAUUUAUUUAUUAUUUACCUGCUUAUUGGCUAUUACCUCUUUGCUUUUCUUGUUCUCUGGUAUAUACUCAAUACCUAGAACAGUAUCUGGCACACAGUAGGUGUUUAGUAAGUAAUAUUUUUAGAUUCACAGAUCAGUAGCAGAACUAGGGUAAAAUUUAGGGCUGGAGAUAGAGCAGUUUGUAGAGUGCUUGCCUUGCAUGCACAGGGCYCUGGGUUCAAUCCCCAGCACCACACACCAAAAAAAUGAAAUAAGAACUAGGGUAACAUUUAUAGUUUUGGCCUCCCAGAAAGGAGAGAGGAACAAGAUGGAGAGAAGCAAGCAUGGUUAUGCCACUCACUCUGUCACUUGGAUCUGUGCCUUAUUUUCCCAUCUGUGAAAUGAAAGGGYUGGAUGAGAACCAUGAAUGCAUCCGAGAUCCUAUUUUCCUGGACAGCUGAAAACAAGGGUUACUGAUCUGAGGGACAGAUAGUUGGGGGACAGUACCCCCAUCUUCUGCUUAAUCUUACCACUGGUACAAAUUGUCCCAUCAAAGUCAAAUGGCCAUGAUUGACUUGGUGCUAAAUGGCUCUAGGCUUUGUGUACAGAACUCACUCAGCCUUAGAAAGAUUGAUUUUAAUAUAUUUUGAUUAACCCGAYGACCCCCAAAUAUUAUCAUUUCAACACAUAAUGUGUUAAAGGUAGUAAUGAGAUAGUUUACRUUCAUUUAGUUCAAGAUCCAUUUUUGUAUUUUAAACCUAGAGCAUCUCAAUUCAGAUAAUAAACUUUUAUUAGAAAAGUUUGACCUCUUUAAAUUUUAUAAAAUUCAGGCUGGGCACAGUGGUACAUGCCUGUAAUCCCAGCUACUCAGGAGGCUGAGGCAGGAGGAUUGCAAGAAGGCCAGCCUCAGCAAUUAUAUGAGCCCCUACAUCAAAGAAGGUAAAGAGCUGGGAGUUUAGCUUGGUAGAAUGCCCUGGGGUUCAAUCCCGAGUAUUGAAAAAAGUAA